AUGGGUUGCUUGCAGCCUACGUCGACCUCAGCUUACCCACACUUCAGCAUGGAAAUCGCCAUCCUCACCUCAGUUAGGAUAGGAGGUUCCUCGCUGAGCGGACUGCAGUCAUCUACAAGAAGGGCUCAGUUUUCUCAGGGCUUGAGACCACCGCCAGCCACUAGUAAGCGUGGGCCAAGCGAUCGCAGAGGUUCCGUGUCGUGGCCCAGAGGAACCUCAUCGGCUGAGUUUGAAUCCAUGAAUAAGAAACAUCAGAUAAAGCUUGGCGUCAGUCGCGUUCCGACCGUGGACAGAAAAGCACCCAUAGCGAUGGCCUUUUGUAAGCACUAUCGAUAUGCAGGCCCUGUGUUCAGAAAGUGUCUUGUACCGCUCCUUCUGCUGAUGCUAAUAACCAUGGUGGUGAGGGACGUGGCUCAAAAUGACAAAAUCCCUAAGACAACGAGAAACCCAAAGAUCGACGGUGUGUUAUCAGAGCAGAAACACCUCCUCGAACGCCAUUUGAAAGGAUAUACUUUUCACUCGAACUUAAACGUUAGCAAUUUGAAGGACCUUGUGCUGGAGGAAGGGGGGGAGCCGUUGCGAAAUCUCAUAGUCACUACUUGGAGGUCCGGAUCCACGUUUCUGGGGGAUAUCCUGCUCAGCCAUCCGGGGACCUUCUACCACUACGAGCCUCUCCUCGACUUCGGCAUCAAGCAGAUCCGCUACGGGGAAGACGCGGCCCGAGCGAUGCACAAUCUGAAACACCUUCUCAAUUGCGACUAUAGCGACUAUGAACACUACCUCAAGUACGGUCCUUCGCACCCUUGGCUGUUCUCUCACAACAGCGUCCUCUGGGGUCGGUGUAAGACGUUCCCCGACCUGUGCUGGAAGCCCGAGUUCCUGUCGCCCUUCUGCAGCCUCUUCCCCUUCCAGUCCCUCAAGACGGUCCGACUCAGGCUCAACCUCACGGAGGAACUGCUGGAGGACAAGAGGUUGGGCGUGCGGUUGCUGUUGCUGGUGCGGGAUCCUCGUGGCACCUUGCAGUCUCGCCGGCACAGGGUAUGGUGCCCUGGAAAGAAAGACUGCGACGAUCCUGAGACACUUUGCAAGGACCUCGUCAGGGACUACAUCACGGCGUUAGUCUUCAGGAGGAAGUUUCCCGAGUCCUUCAGAGCUGUCCGCUAUGAAGACGUUUCGUUCAACGUGUUCAACAAGACGAAGGAACUUUUGGAUUUCUUCCGCCUUGACUUCCACCCCAACAUUCAGAAAUUCUUGCACACGCACACCGGCCGGAAAAAGGGCGGCGUUUCCAGCACCUUCCGCGACUCGAAGACCGCCCCUUUACACUGGCAGAAGGACCUGUCGUGGGAGGAAGUGCAGCGGAUUCAGGGCGUAUGUGACAAGGCCCUUCGGCUGUGGGGCUACGAGAUAGCGCAGGGCGAGGAACACCUGCGCUCCUUCAUGCCUGUCGGCCCCUUGGAGUUCUUUUGAGGGGUGUCCCGCAUAUAUAUAUAUAUAUAUAUAUAUAUAUAUAUAUAUAUAUAUCGCGCAUGUGUGUGUGUUUGUUUGUAUAGGUGUGUAUAAGUACAUAACAAGAACAAAAAAUAACUUCUACGCUUCUACGUACUCUGAAUGCAUAACUUAGCUAAGAUUUUUUUUAGCUUUUUUUCUGAAAGAUCAAACACUGACAUCAUGGGAAUUAAACUGCCAAAGAACAAUGAUAAUAAUGAUAAUAGUAUUGUUGAAUGAGAUUUACUUUAACCCAAGGAUUGAUGUUCUCCUCCCUGUAUUUUUUUGUGAAUGUUGUUACCUACAGAUGGCUCCACAUGUGCUCAGCCGGCAAGGAAUCUAUCAGUAGCCCUAGUGACCGAUCCUGAUUUCCCCAUUCCUUGAAUUGGC